AUAAUACUUGUAAGACAUACAUAUGUAUGCUUCUACUGUCCUUCACAAAUCAGUACCCUUGAUAUCGUGAGACUGUCAACUUGUGUAAGCUAGACAUCCUACUAUUCAACUACUUCUGCGAAACAAGAUGCUACCAGGGUCGAAAUUUUUGCCUUUGACGCUUGCCGUUCUUCUACUUGCCUGCAUAAUGCCAAGAACUAGUGGAACGCCUCUUGACGACUCUUCGAUAGAAGAAGCAGAUAAGGAAUUUCAAAAUAAGGAUGGAACCGUUGUAAAGGUGAUAAGAGACUGUGGAGACACAGGCGACUGUUCUCAAGCAGAUAAUGUAAACGAAACAGAUUCGUCUUCAGAAAAUAGCGAUUCAUCAUUAACAGAGAGUGGCGCUGCUGAAACAGCUGAUAAUUCAGAAUCAGAAGAAAAAGAUGCAUAAACAUUUGCGAGAGCUCAGCGAAAACAAUUUGACCAAAAACGGAUUUUUGUAAAAAUCUACUAAGCACAAUAUAAAUAUAUAUUAAAAAGCACCAAAUUUUAUGUGUACCCUAAAAAAUGAUUACCUCAAUACGAGUACAUUCUAUAAAUAUUGAUUUAGAAUUGGAAUGAUUAAUAAAAAAAUUUCAGAAACAA